AUUUACUUUUAGAAGAAAAUGAUAAACUGGACAAAAUUUACUAGGGAAGCUUUUUGGUGUAGUGCCACGAUCGAAACAUUACAUUAGUGUUUUUCUUCUUUUUUGUUCUUCACGGAUCCAGCAGAUUUGUUGCCACCUACACUCUGAGUCACACACACCGAGUUGUUUGCAGCGGAUGAGCAAUAGGCGGCACCACGAUUCUGUUCCCUUUCAGCAGCGGACGAGCGAUUUAGUUCCAUUGCAGCGGCGCCAGCGCGAUUAUGCUCAAUUGCAGUGGCGCCAGGCGCGAUUAUGCUCAAUUGCAGUGGCGAUGGCACUAUUCAGUUCAAUUUCAACGGCGGUUGCGGAGGCGCGAUUUCGUUGAAUUCCGGUGGCGGUGGCGUUGCGAUUCUGCUCCAUUGCAUCGGCGCCGCGAUUUGCAGCGGCGGUGAGAUCCUAUUCAAUUGGAGCGGCGGCGAGAUCCCGUUCAAUUGGAGCGAUUGUACAUCUUCUCGCAUUCGGUGGCAUGAGUAUGGAUGCUGCCGUAUGAAAGAUAGGGUUCACAGCAAGUCUUGUAGAUAGGUACUGGUACUGAAUCAUCCAUGUCCGUCGUCAACAAAAUUGUAAUUCGGAUUUGGGAAUGAAUAAACUGGGCGCCCCCCUAUUCUUAUUUAUAAAUCAAGCUGUCUUGGUGAUGCAUUAAAAUGGUUUGGGACCAAUAGAGUAAUUUUUAAGAGGUUGUAAAUUGUUUGUUUUGAUUUUUAUAUUUCCAUCCUUUUAAAUGAAAAUUGGUCCUUAGUAAUUACUCCGUUGGAUCUGUGAAGAAGAUAUUUCCAUCACUUUCAAAUAUUAAAUCUAGGCAUAUCCUUUUUAAAUCUAGGUAGAAAGAUGGAAAUAUAAAAAUCAAAACAAACAAUUUAUGGCUUCUUAAAGAUUACUCUGUUGGUCCCAAACCAUUUUAGUGCAUCACUGAGACAGCUCGAUCUAAAAAUAGGCAUAGGGGCGCGCCCGGUUUAUUCACUCCCAAAUUCUGAAUUCCAAUUCUGUUGACGACGGACAUGGCUGAUUCAGUAGCUAUCUCCAAGACUUGCUGCGAACCGUAUCCUUCUGAUGGCGACAAUCAUCCUCAUCCCACCGAAUGCGAGAAGAUGUACAAACAUAUGGAGAAGUUCAGCCGCUACAACAAAAUGAAGUCCGAUAUGUUGAAGAAGCUACAUCGCCAGCAUGCCGCCGCCGCUCCAAUUGAACGAGAUCUCGCUGGCACUCCAAUUGAACAGGAUCUCGCCGCUACAAAUUGCGGUGCAAUGGAGCAGAAUCACGCCGCCGCCGCUGGAAUUGAACGAAUUUGCGCUACCGCCGCUGAAAUUGAACUGAGUAGUGUCACCGCCACUGCAAUUGAGCAUAAUCGCGCUAGCGCCGCUGCAAUGGAACUAAAUCGCCCGUCCGCUGUUGAAAUGGAACAGAACCACAGAGCCGCCUAUCGCUCAUCCGCUGCAAACAGCUCGGCGUGCGUGACUCACAGUGUAGGUGGCAACAAAUCUGUUGGAUCCGUGAAGAAGAACAAAAAAAGAAGAAAAACACUGAUGUAAUGUUUCGAUCGUGGCGCUGCACCAAAAAGCUUCCCUGCAACCUUAUUGCACAAAAGAAGUUUAAUCCCGCAAGAGAUCCGUGUUCAGUUUUGUGGGAUGACUUGGUGACCAUGGAAUUGUCUCCGGGGAAGAAAGAUGCUAUGAAUAGCCCACCCUCACGGCUUAUUAUAUAUCUGGAAAGUCGAUCACUGGAAGGAAAGGACCAAGUUCGCAUCAUAAAAUGCCAGCCCAAUUCUAAUCAAACAUUUGAGGUUUAUUCAUCAAUUGAGCUGGCAAGGACUACGUAUGGGCCAAGUGAUUCAAAGAAUAGGGGAAAGAGGUUCAAACUGGCUGAGAUUUGUUUUUGUCAAAAAAAUUGCCAAAGGGGAGAUUGUUAGUUCCAUAUUAUGUUGGUAUUAUUUUUUGACAACCGAAGAGCAUUGUUUAGAAAUACUUGUAGCUAUUCUAAUUAGAGUGAAAGGAAAAGGAAAGAGCUUGGAGUAAAGAUCCUAUUUCUAGUUGGGCUUCUAUUGCACUAGGGUUUAAGGUUUCCCUAUAUAUUCUAGACCUCUUCUCACAAUUGAAGGGGCCGAAAAAAGCAAGAGGUAUUCCCGGAGUCUUGAAGAGCCAGAAAAAGGGACGAGAUGUGGAAAUCAAAAAAGAACAGAUCAUAGCCCCUGAAAAGUAUUUUGUUGUUCUUCGCCAAUUGUCUCUGCUGAUAAUCAAGAAAAUUCAAUACGGAGCACUAUACCCAAAGUUUAACAAAUAAGGAUUUGUUAUCCACCGAAGAAGAUUAAUACUCCUCGAGUAUUUGGUGUUGCAUGUGAAGAAAAACAGGAGAGCUGUUUCAAGUUUUAAUAUUUUAGCAAGGAGAAAAACGUGUAACAAGUCGUGGAGAUAGACACAAACAGAGUUUGUGGUCAAGUCAUUCGUAAGUGUCUUGCUUACUGUUUUCACUUUAUAUGAACAAUAUGAAUGUGGGUUCCGCAGACAUAAGAGAAUAUGCUCCGAACUCUGUGAACAAUUUUGGUGUCUUGCUUACAGUUUUCACU